AUGACAAAUAUUGCACAAAGAAAAUCAAUAGGUAUGGCUAUAUGGUGGUUAACUUGUCUUAUGUUAAGUGCAUGUUCAUCACUUACAAUUGCUGAUGCAUUAUUUAAGAAAAUGUUAAUUUCUCGUAAAUAUAGUGGGCCAGAAUUGGCAAAACGUUUAGCCAAUCGUAUGAAUUUCGUCGAUGAAGUUGGUAAAAAACACGACAAAAUGGCGUUAUUUGGGCAACAAAAUCAAGGAAAAGUUAUGAUACCAAGGAAGAUGUUAGGUCGAUAUGUCUUGGAAUCGAUCAUAGAUAUGGUCGUGGAAAUUGUUGGUUUAUCUGAAGCUGAAGUGAUUCAAAUAUUAUUUAAAUAA